UGAAGAUUUGUGUGAGGUGCAUGGAAAUCUUGCAGUCUCCUAUUAUUUAAUGAGACGAUAUGAUAUAACAAAAAGGCAUUUGCAUUUUUACAACAAAUAUAAAGUGAGAUUGCCACGGGAAUGCUUCACGAAUACGGGAUUAGAGAAAUUGAACAACCACAUCUGCCAUUUUGAAUGUGAGCUUGACAAUUCUGAGGACGAUGUCCCCAAAUGUGAAGAUUUUUCAUGGCAAGAUGUACCAUAUCAAGGGUUUAAUGAAAAUAAAGACGCACAACAAAUAUCCUCGGCGUGUUAUGUAGAUCAUAAGAAAAAAAAAGAUGAAGUGGGCGGAGUUUUUGCAAAUGCCAAUCUGCCGGAAGGGAGCGUCGUUUUGCUAGAAGAACCAAUUAGUAAAAAUGUUAAUGUACCAUUACUUCAUUGUGAACUGUGUUUGCGUAAAAUUGAUCAAGUUUAUACUUGCUUGAAUUGUCGCUAUAAAACGUAUUGCUCCUUCCAAUGUAUUAAAAGAGAUAUACAUAUUCAUCAGUACGAAUGCUCUGCAUAUAAAUGUCUUAUAUUAUAUAUACUAGAUGCUAAGGACCUCUACGGUGUUUUUGUAAAACUAUCAAUUCACCUCGAUGAACAAGUAUUCACUCAAAAAAUAUUUCGGAGAUUAUCUUCCGUCGUCGCUGUUUUGGACAAAAUUGAAAAAUUGGAUUAUAAAAAGGAUUCUCAUUACGAUUCACUGGCCAGUUUGUUGCGUGUCAGACCAAACUAUAAUAAAUUAAGUGAAAUGCAAUACUCUACACUGGUAGUUACGGCAUUUCGUCUAGCACUUUUUAUAAACAGGAAAACAAGCCUUGUUGAUACUUUCUACAAGAAACUCCGGAUACCACAAACACAUAAAAUGAUUUUGAUUGGUGUCAUACUAAUGCGACUUCAUUGUCAUCUACUGCUGAACACGUUUGAUUUUGAAUAUCUCAUUCCCAUGGUGACGGUUAGACCCAAGUAUGAGACAGUUUGUGAUCAAAUAGCUGAAUGGACAAAGCUAGUGAAACCAGUACGGCAAUCAAACAUUGAGAAUAUAAAUAAAUAUUACAACACUGCGGAAGCUGAAGUAAUUGAGCUUUCAAUGCGAUACUUGCAGCUUCAGCCAGAGGAUAGUGAGAGAUUUCCUUUUGACCUACUACCAGAAAUUGAACACACUCAGUUAUGUAAUCCGAUCGCUCGUCCGCUUUCUACUUUUAAAGACAAAUUAGCAGAACUAUACUUUUCUCCGAAUAACGUUCAGUUCUUGAUGUACGACGAGAUAGCUGGUACUGCGUCCUCCGGCAGUUCACUAAGUGCCUCUAUAGCGCGAAUGUCGCCAGUAGAGCGACUCGAAUUUGUACAAAUAUUUGUGCGUAAUUUUCAUACGCACUUCAUAGAUUACUUCUUGCAGAUGAGCAUGCGUUUUAACCAGAUGCAGCAAGUUUUAUCGUUACAGUGCCCUACCUUGCGUAAAUUCAGACAUUCAUGCAUUCCUAAUGUGAAUAUUGUUGUGCUUGAUAAUGGAUCGGUUACGGGCAAAACUAUGCGAGAUGUAAAAAAAGGAGAUGAACUCGUGGUUUCUUUUAAAGCUCAUUACAUGCGACAUACUCGUGAGGAGAGGCAAACGUUUUUGAGACAACUCAACAUUGACUGUCAGUGCAAAAUUUGCCAAGUUGCUGUGGAAAACGAACCCACCAAUGUCCGCUUAGGAAUUUAUUGCGACCACUGUAAUGGACAUGUAAUAACACCAGUUCAAAUGGAAUGUACUAAAUGUGGAAAAAAUUUUAACAAUCUGCAGUUAAAAUAUCGAACGCAGAUGACGAUCUUGGAGAACGCAAUAAGAAGUUUAAUGUAUCCGGAAAAGGAUGAGAGGAGAUUAUACUUGUUGCAUACAAUAAUAUAUCUUCGUGCAAAGAAUAGCUUCGUACCCACAAACGAAACGCGCAUUCAAGUGGAGUUGAAAUAUGCAAGAUACCUGGCGUUGAAAAAUUUUUCUCAGCAAGCAUAUGAUAUUUUGAUGGAAGUGAAAUCAAAUAUCCUCCUGCAAUAUAAUGAAGAUGUGGCUUGGCUUUCCUUUUACUCCGAGAUGCUUCUAAUUAUUAAAGUUAUUUUAUAUUACAGUGUAGAGGAAAAUCUCAAUCCUAUGCCAAUUAUGUACCUAGAAGAGCUGUGUAAAUUUGGAUUAUACGUAAUUAAUGGACAACAAAACCACAUAUGCCUGUUAAAGAAAUAUAGCUGUGAAUACACGGAAAUAUUCGAAGAGAAGUAUUUGUUCUUAAAAUGGAAAGAGAGAAUUCAUUAUAUAAGUUCGUUACUUAAUAUGCCCACAUUCGAAGAACACAAAAGUAAGGAAAUCCAAGAUGAAGACUUACCCGGCUUGGUAAAAAUUAAACCAUAAAAUUUUUGGUGAAACAGUUAUACGCCGUAAAAGUGGUACCACUCUUUUUUAAAGUAUUGUGAUUUGUUUUGUUUUUCGGUUACAUUCAUAAUCCGGAAAUUCAAAAUCCAGACAUAUCAAAAUAAAGACAAAAUUUAAAAAUGCAGAAAAAUCAAAAUACAGACAAAUCAAA